AUGUUCUCCGACCUCGAAUGUGACUACAUCAACCCAAUAGACCUCUGCAACAAGCUUAACCAGUUCGUUCUUCCCGAGAACAUUGCACACGCAUUCCUCUCCGCGCUCUUCCUCCUAUCGGGUCAAUGGAUAGCGUUCGCGCUCAAUGCACCACUCCUCGCGUUCAAUGUCAACAAAAUACGGAGUAAAAGCCACAUGUACGACGCGACGGAAAUAUUCCGCACUUUACCGGGCCACAAGAAAGAGAGUUUCAUCAAACUCGGGUUCUACCUUCUCUGUUUCUUCUACUACCUGUAUCGAAUGAUCCUUGCUCUCAUCCAGGAGAGCGAAUGA